AUGACGGUCGCUGGUGAGGUGGUGGUGAGUGGUUUGGACACCGCGUCUGAGUGCGAGUCCGAGUCAGACUUCGAACUGGACCUGGCCCUCGUGGAGGCCGAGAGACAAUGGCAAGAGUCUUUACAGCAGCUGAGCACGGUGCUCACGUGCGUCGUGCUGCCCAUCGUCGGGAAGUUCCUGGGAAGGAAAGUAGUCAAGGAUCAUAUGGCAACGGGCAGCGAAAUACUUUUUUCCAUUAGCCAGGGUGCGGUGUUCUGCACCCUUACAUACACACUUACAUAUACGUCUCUCUUCUUUGUAGUGGUGACUCACAUAAUCACACAUUAUUUGAUAUUUUUUUUUCUAUCUGUUUUUAUUUCUCGAGGAAUUAUUACAGCUCGAGAAAGGUUUGCGUGCUAG